AGCUGUUUGUUUAGAACCGGUUCGGUCCGGAUGGUUUUAAUUCUAUAACUUUUAUCUCCAAAUGUUCAGACUUUUGUUUCCUGAAACCAGAUUCAGAGGAGAGUUUGUUCUUGGAUCCAGUUAAUGUUUGUUUGUUUGUCCUGCAGCAGAAACUUUAUUUAAAACUUUAUUUAAAAAGCAGCUUCAGUUAAACUUCAACAGGGAUGUUAGAACGGUUCUAAACCAGAACUUUAUGUUUAAAGAACAGCUGAGGAGGUUCUGCUCCUGUCCAGGUGCAUUCUGGGUAAUCUGGGUCACGUUUAAAGGUGUUUUCUGACGUCAAACAUUAACUGGACUUCAAACAUGGAGGGAAAUAUCACCGCGAUUAGUUCAGGGUCAGUGGGAGUUUAGAGCUUCCACAUUCUAAACCAGAUCAUUAAUAAACACCUGAUCCUGGUGGUUCUGGUCGGGCUGACGGACGGGUCCACAGAACACUGGUCUGAGGUGGAACGUUAAAGUUCUUUUUCCUGGAACCACAACUUCCGUUCUGAGCAUUUAACACUAGAAACUAAAAGCUAGAAAACAUCAGAUUUAAAUCUUUAUUGACUGUAAACACAAACCCGUUACCUAGGAGAUAAAGGUCCGUUUAGACGGGUCCAACCUCAACAGAACCUCAACAGAACCGACCCACAACAUGUUGAAACGUUGUCGAGUUUCUAAAUCCUCUAAAAUGAUUCAUGUGUUUUUGUCAUCGCUCAGUCAUGAUGUCACCGUUUUCAGCAGCAGCCAUUGGUCGACCAACUAGGCAGGUUCUGUUAACCAGAAUCAGAACAGAAUCAAAACCAGAGUAGAACUACAAACAGAACCAGAACAGAACCAGAACUGAACAGAACCAGUACAGAACAGAAUCAAAACUAGAACCAGAACCAGAACCGGUCUUUAUUUCUGCUUCUUCACAUGAAUGAAUCUGUGAAGGUUGUUGUGAUGAACUCAAUGUUUGAGGAGAAAAGAUGACUUCCUGUUGUUAUUAUUACUAUUAUUAUUGUUGUUGUUAAUAAUAAUAACAAAUUUUACUUCUAGGCUAUGGAGGACUAAAAGUGCCAAAAUUAAAUAAAUAAAUACAUCAUUAAGUAAUUAAUUAAAUAUGUCAUUAAUUUAUAAAAAAUGAAAUUAAAUACAUAAAUGUGUUAUUAAAUAUGUCAUUAAUUCAUUAAAAUACCAAUUCAUUUUAAGUAAAAACCAUAUCUUAUUAUUUCACUAUUUAAUUAAUUAUUUCAUGGUCCUUGUGUUGCAGUGGAUCAUGAAUUUAUUUUAUCUGUCAACCUCGCCGUCAAAGUCCGUGGGCGGGACUAACGCGAAUCUAGUCUAAUCCACUGCUUUUGUCUUCCUUGAAACCGGAAGUAGAAGAAGUCUUUCUAAACAUGGCGGCUGUGUUGAGGGAGGAUCGCUGUGAACUUUCUAGAGAGUUGGUGAGAGAUAUUUUAGACCUUGCAGAGUAUGUGGAAGCAGAGCCUUUUCUGUCUUUGGUGGUGGACCAAAGAAUACAGAGGGAGCUGGACGGAGAAAGUUUAUCAGGAGGUCUCUGAGUGGAUGGCCGCUCACAUAUACAGUAGACUGUAUAUAAAGAGGACAGAAGCAGUGUAGGGAGAAGCUGAAAAAGCUCAAAAAUGACUAUUGGUCCACCAAGGACCACAGCGGCCGGCGUGGGUCAACCAGGAGGUGUUGGAAGAGGUUUAAUGGAAGCUAUUUACUGGCACCGCACCGACAAGCAACAGGAGGGAGACUCAGCUGCUGCAUUAUUGGAGACGUUCGAGGACGAAUCCCUUUCCACAUGCGAAGCCUGCUCCACCUCCGUCAUGGAGCCCCCAGCUCCCCUGCCUCCUCUCCAGCACCAGCUUCGACACCAGUACCAGCUCGGACACCGAUCCUGUCAACAUCAACGUAACAGCAACGUCUUAUCACCGGCAAGAGGAAAAGGGGCCACAGAAAAUUGGACCUUCCUAGCAUACUUGUGGAGAUGCAGGCUGAGGAGGAGUGGAGUCAUUCCCAGCAUGAUGAGAACAUCCAGUUGCUCCUCAGCGAGGCAAGAGAGAAUGAGGCGGCCUUGCAGUGGAGGAGAUGGCCCAGAAUGCUGCCUUCAACCAGUCAUUCCUGGGUGUGCUGGGGCAGCUGGAGCAGGCAGUGCUGGGGCAGCUGGGGCAGGCAGUGCUGGGUCUGCUGGGGCAGCUGGGUCAGGCAGUGCUGUGGCAGCUGGGUCAGGCAGUGCUGGGGCAGCUGGGGCAGCUGGAGCAGGCAGUGCUGGGUGUGCUGGGGCAGCUGGGUCAGGCAGUGCUGGGGCAGGCAGUGCUGGGUCUGCUGGGGCAGCUGGGUCAGGCAGUGCUGGGGCAGCUGGGUCAGGCAGUGCUGGGGCAGCUGGGUCAAGCAGUGCUGGGGCAGCUGGGGCAGGCAGUGCUGGGUCUGCUGGGGCAGGCAGUGUUGGGUCUGCUGGGAUAGCUGAGGCAGGUAGUGCUGGGUCUACUGGGGCAGCUGAGGCAGGUAGUGCUGAGUCUGCUGGGGCAGCUGAGGCAGGUAGUGCUGGGUCUGCUGGGGUAGCUGGGGCAGGCAGUGGGCAGCCGGCGAGUGUGAGCGAGUCCACCUCCCAUAGACUUGAGAUUUACAGGUGCUGGUCAUAUAAUUAGAAUAUCAUGAAAAAGCUCGUCUUUUGGACAACUGCCAGGUCAGCAGUCUUCCCCAUGAUUGUGUAGCCUACAGAACUAGACUGAGAGACCAUUUAAAGGCCUUUGCAGGUGUUUUGAGUUAAUUAGCUGAUUAGAGGUGUCUUCAAGAUUGAACCUUUCCACAAUAUUCAAUUUUACCACAUUUGGGAUUUUCAUUAAUAUUCAGGUAUAAUCAUCAAAAUUAAGAGAAAUAAAUAUUUGAAAGAUGUCAGUCUCUGUGUAACAAAUGAGUAUAAUAUGUAAGUUUCACAUUUUGAAUGGAAUUACUGAAAUAAACUUUUUCAUGAUAUUCUAAUUAUAUGACCAGCACCUGUAGUUGUGUAUAGUUUUACUUUUAGCCCUCCACUGUAGGACAGGCCCACCACAGUUUGUACUUUGCACAUUGUAAAUAGUUUUGAUUUUGCUGCUGACUAAUAAACUAUUUUGUGACUUAUGUGAUUGCAUCAUAACUUUUCAUUUUGUCUGUUAAGACACUGGUAGGAAAAGAUACAACAGUCUGAACCAAACAAUUCUGUAUUCCCUAAUAAUGCAUUUAUGUUUAAUGGGAUUUAACAUGUUUUAACACAAACUCCUUUAUGGUUCAUAAUUCCAUUGACUGAAUUACACCAAAGCAAUACUGAUUUAUCAAACUGGAAUAUUCUUAAAACAGCUGUUUUAAUGAUUUGAUGUUUAAUUUCUCAUGUAAUCUUGCUAACCUUCACAUAAAACAAACAAUAGCAUAGACACAUCUGCAAAAGGUACAAAAGUUUAUUGACAGAAUUGCAUUCAAGAAAACAAUAGCGGUCCGGGGACAGAAAAACAGAAGUAUAACGAGAAGAA